GAAGCGCUCAACCACAUUGGGCACAGAAAGCUUGAGGAAAGUGAGCGAGGACUGAUGUAGGGUGCUUAGAGAGGACAACAGUGAGAGCUGUUUGUACUGUUUUUCGUACAGGACGGGUAGACCAAAGACAAAACACCUCUCCAAAAUGCUCUGCCAUGUAACUCGACCGGACGCGGUGGUGAUGGAGAUUGAAGUGGACGCGAAGGCGAACGGAGAGGACUGUCUGAAUAAGGUAUGUCGGAAGUUGGGAAUUAUUGAGGUGGAUUACUUUGGGCUGCAGUUUUCUGGCAGUAAGGGAGAGAACCUGUGGCUGAACCUGAGGAACAGAAUCUCCCAGCAGAUGGACAAUCUCACGCCCUGCAGACUACGGCUCAGAGUAAAGUUCUUCGUGGAGCCUCACCUUAUUCUGCAGGAGCAGACGAGACACCUGUUUUUUAUGCAUGUGAAAGAGGAUCUGCAUCGUGGACAUCUGCGGAUGUGCUCGGAACAGGCCGAAGAGCUCAGCGCCCUCCUGGCCCAGGCCGAGUUCGGUGACUAUAACCAGAACACAGCCAAGUACUGGUACACUGAACUCUGUGCCACAGAGCUCAACCAAGCCACCAUCAACAGUAUCAUAGCCAAGCACAAGGCUCUGGAGGGUCUGACCCAGGCGUCGGUGGAGUACCAGGCCCUGCAGCUGGUGUCGUCUCUGGAGCAUUAUGGGGUGGAGUGGCACUGGGUGCGGGACGCUGAAGGACAGAGGUUGGCUAUCGGUGUGGGACCAGACGGCAUCGCUAUCUGCCGAGAGGACUUCAGCCUGGUUAACAGGAUAUCUUAUCCCAUAAUACAAAUUGCCACGCAAUCAGGGAAGAGCGUGUACUUGACUGUCACCAAGGAAACCAGCGACAGUGUGGUCCUGCUGUUCAAGUUAAUCAGUAAUAGAGCAGCCAGCGGUCUGUAUCGGGCCAUCACAGAAACACAUGCCUUUUACAGGUGUGACACAGUAACGAACGCCGUCAUGAUGCAGUACAGCCGGGAUUUCAAGGGUCACCUGGCUUCGCUUUUCCUCAAUGAGAACAUCAACCUGGGAAAGAAGUAUGUAUUCGACAUCCGGCGGACCUCCAAGGAAGUGUACGACUACGCCAGACGCGCGCUGUACAACGCCGGUAUCGUGGACAUGAUGUCGAGGCCGGGGGAGCACACUCCGUCGUCCCACUCACCGUCCCAUGAGCAUGAAGGGGCGCUGGACUGCGGGAGCUGCCAGCAGAGCCGGCUGCUGCAGGAGAAGCUGCAGAAGCUGCGGGAGGCGCUGCUGUGCAUGCUGUGCUGCGAGGAAGAGAUCGACGCUGCAUUCUGCCCCUGCGGUCACAUGGUGUGCUGCCAGAACUGUGCUGAACAGCUGCAGUCAUGCCCGGUGUGUCGGUCAGAGGUGGAACACGUCCAGCACGUCUACUUGCCUACAUGCACCAGUCUGCUCAACCUGACCAUCGGCGGCGGCGGCGACAACAGCCCCGAACCCAUCCACCGAGGCAUGGCCUCCCACACCUGCACUACCAACGACUAUAACACCACGGAGAAGAUCUACCAAAACUAAGCGUGCCUGCCGCUCUUCCACAGGACUUUGAGUUCAGUUUACGCGGUGGACGACUAAGAGUCCGAACGCCGCGCUGGUUGGGUUGCUCCUCGUGUGACGUUUUUGAAACCAUUGAGGAGUCUUUUUGAUGUUUGUGAAUGUUUGUCUCUCAAAUUAAUUGUAUCAGUUGAUCUGAUAAAUGUAUUUUUGAGUUGCUGUUUCUUUGUACACGCAGCAGCAUGCAGAACGUUUGAUAUUCUUUGCCUCAUAACCUGCACAAAUCUGUAUGCCAUGAGGAAAUGUUUAGGAACUAUCUUUUCUUUUUCCCUAAUUUAAUUGUAUUUUACGCUUUGCUUUUAAUACGCAGCGUCCACUUUAUUUCUUUUGCAGUUGAAUUGAAGGUUUGUUUUGAGGUUUUCAUAGUUUCCAUGCCAAUGAAGAGGUAUUUAUGGCGAGGGGCACAAACCCUCGCAGCACUUUUCAGCAAAGAGGAAGUCGUCAAACUACUGAUCCUCCAUUCAUAUUUAGAUUCACAGCUUCCAUAACCGACGCUCCAAACCCGACUGGCAAACACUCCUUGAGACCCAGACGUUUAUGCUUUCUAAAGCUUUUAUUUCACAGUUAUGGUCAACCAGUGAAUUGCUUUGGAUUUAAAGGGUACUGAAAGAUCUCUCAGUGCAAUGCUAACCGUUUUAAGAGAUUUUGACCUUUUUUUUUUAUGCGUUUGUUUUUGUGGAAGAUGUGGGACGUUUUCUGUAGGAAGGCUAAAAAAAAGUAUCUAAUCGACACUGUCACUUUACCAAGGAGUUUCCUAAGUGUAUUGUUCCUAGGGGUUUGCCUUAAUGUAGCAGCAACACGGUGUGUUUGGUAUGCGUUCUUUCUUUGCACAGACUAUUGUUGAGAGAUGAAGAGGACUAUUUUCUUUACUGCUGACAUCUGAUAUCGAACAGUCACAGCAGGGAUAUUUUUUCAAUUUGUACAAGUAGGAUUUGUUUCUGUUUGUUUGAAGCAAAAACUAUGCUCUGUAAAUAUAGAAAUAACUCCAACUUUUAUAUUUCCUUGAAGGAGAGGUAUUAAUAAAGCAGUUUU